UUAGCCUACUGACCGCACGAACCCCUGACAUUUAAACCCGAUGGUAUCGCUUCGAUCCAUCCAUUCACUCUGCUGAUGCUAUCUAUGCAUGUAAACCCACUUCUGACGCGGUGCAGCGCAUAAAAAUCGAUACACAGAGUGAUGGGUUGGGUCACUGCUCAAAUCCAAGAUGGCGGACGAAGACUCGGCCGAGAAGCCUCCAGAUGCAGCCCCAGACGACACCACAGAUCCUCCCGUCCAGCCUGUUAAGGAAGAAGAGGUUGGGAAAGCGAAGGAGACGCGAGUUGACAGCAUCCAUGUAGACACAAUAGAUGGGCCGCCUGAGGAGGAUUUCUCGAGUGGGAAGUCUUCGGGAUGCUGCCGCGGAGGAUGCCCGGUCCUGACGGUCAUCAUCUUCGGUAUCCUGGUGGGGAACGCCCUGGGCCUGCUGCUCGUCUACCAGAGGAUCUACUCUCUACGUUCAACCGUUAAGCUUCCUAAAGUUAAAGCGACUGUAACGCCAAGCGUGGCGCCAACAGCCAAUCAACGUCGUCGAUCCAUCUCAGAGGAGGUCGCACAGGAAAUCGACAUGCCGAAGAUGACGUCAUCGCAUCUCCGGGCAGACGACGAAAGAUACGAUCCUCGCCGAGAUUUGCCGACGAAGACCGACAAGAAAACUCAUCUUAUGCCAUUUUUGGUAACAAAGAGAAAAAAGCUGGCGGUAGAGGAAGAUGCCAGGAGGCUUCCAUUGAAGAUAGACAAAAAGACUUCAAGAAAAAUAUCAAAAUUCCAAUUCAGGAAGAAAGACGCUCUACCAUAGAACUGUUAAUGAAUGAUAUUC